AUGAGUGUUCUCCUUGAAACGAAUCAGGGUAACAUCGUUAUUGAUCUAUAUUAUGAACGAUGCUCCAACGAAUGUUUCAAUUUUAUAAAGCUAUGCAAAUCUAAAUACUACUAUUACAGCCCGUUUAUUAAUGUGCAGAAGGAUUUUAUUUGCCAAUGCGGAAAUCCACAAUAUCCACAAAAGCCAAAGUUUUCUAACAUUUAUGACAUUUUGUCUAAAGAUAAUUGUGUAUACAGCAACUCUUGUUCAAAUUCUAAACUAAAGAAUAACCAGGUGGGCCUGAUCUCUUUAAUUAGAGAAGGGCCACAAGGAUUUAGCUCGGAAUUCAUAAUAACACUUACAAAUGAUCCCAAGAGAUUGGAAUCCCUUGAGAAUCGAACCAGUAUUUUUGGAAGCAUUGCUGAGGGAUAUGGAACAAUAAACAGGAUUAAUAAGUCGUUACUUGAUGAACAUAACCGGCCUUUGAAGGAUAUACGCAUAUUACACACGUACGUUUUAGUGGAUCCGUUUCCAGACCCUAUUGAUGUAAAUUUUAGGAUUCCUCAGAAGGAACCCUUUCCUACAAAAGAGCAGAUAGAUUCUUUUCAAUUUAUGCUUGACGAAGAAAGUGAUGCAACUUCAGAAGAUCAGUACCAGCUAAAAUCUGACGCACAGGCUCUCACACUAGAAAUCCUUCAUCAAAUACCAUCUGCCAGGAUCAAACCAAGCGAAAAAGUUCUUUUUAUAUGUAACUUGAAUCCAAUUACCGAGGAAAGCGACUUACAACGUAUAUUUUCAAGAUUUGGCGACGUUAUUUCAGUUGAUAUUAUUAGAGACCACGGAACAGGUGCGUCUCUUCGCUAUGGUUUUAUUCAGUUUGGAGACGCAGAAAGUGUCGAAAGAGCAUAUUCAAAAAUGGAUGGUGCAGCAAUCGAUGGACGGGUUAUUCAUGUUGACUUUAGUCAGAGUACUAAGAGAGCACGACAGCAUAGAAAAUAG